UUGCUUAGCUUAGCCGCGUAAGCUAGUAUCAUAGGUGGGCUAAAUAUAGGCAAAGAGGCUCCCUGCGUGUAUUUCCACAAAGCGAAAGACUUUUUAGGACAUAUAUGUCAUUUGGUGGAGGUCAAAACGGCGGCCGCCGCGCUAGCAAGUGGGACCAGCCGGGUCCAAGCACUGGAGGCCCGGGGGAGGCUGAGGCUGCACCCACGGGGGCUCUGGACGCCGCCGCCGCCGUGGCUGCCAAGAUUAAUGCCAUGCUGGUGUCCAAGGGCAAACUCAAGCCCUCGCAGAUAGGCACAUCGGGACCCAUUGAGAAGGCUAUGGGCAUCGGGAAGCCUCAGGUGCCAGCCAAGGCUAAAGACGACCUAGUGGUGGCGGAGGUCGAAAUCAAUGACGUCCCGAUCACAUGCCGGAAUCUCUUGACGCGAGGGCAGACGCAGGAUGAGAUCAGUAAAGUGAGCAGUGCUGCCGUGUCCACCAGAGGACGCUACAUGACUGGAGAGGAGAAAGGCAAAGCGCCACCGGGGGAUCGUCCUCUUUAUCUGCACGUUCAAGGACAGACGCGGGAGCUUGUGGACCGAGCUGUAAACAAGAUCAAGGAAAUCAUCACCAAUGGGGUUGUGAAAGCUGCCACCGCCUCGUCGUCAGUGUCCUCAUCCUUUUCCUCCGCCACCGCACCCACAGUGACAGUUUAUCAGCAAGCACCUCCAUCCUCGCUGCCACCAAUGAUGCACCACAAACCGCACUUCCAGUCUGGAAUGCACUACGUUCAAGAUAAGAUCUUUGUGGGCCUGGAGCACGCCAUCCUGGGCUUUGUGGUCAAAGAGCGGGUGGAGGGUCCCGGCUGUUCGUACCUGCAGCACAUCCAGGGUGAGACUGGAGCCAAAGUCUUCCUCAGAGGAAAAGGCUCAGGCUGUCUGGAGCCUACGUCUGGAAGAGAGGCCUUUGAGCCCAUGUACAUCUACAUCAGCCAUCCCAAACCAGAAGGUCUUGCAGCAGCGAAAAUAUUGUGUCAAAACCUGCUACAGACUGUCCAUGCAGAGUAUUCUCGCUUUCUCACUCAAAUGAACUCAGUGAUGCCAUCACAACAAGGCUUUGCACCGCCGCCAGUGGUGAACGGGAUGCCCCCGCAACCCACAUACUACCCCCCAGCUGACUUCCAGCCAGGCUACCCCAUGCCAGUGCCCCCGCCACAGCAUCAUCCCCCACCUAUGGCCUUCUCUGUGCCCCCUCCCAUGCUUCCACCUGCGCCACCCAAAGUUGCCCUGCCUCAGUUCCCACCUGCUCCACUGCCGCCUCCACCGCCUCCGAAUCUGGCUCCGCCUCUUUGUCCAGCGCCUCCUGUUAAUGCUCCUCUUCCGGCACCUCUUCCGCCACCCGUCCUUCCUCCUGCUCCAGCUUCUGUGGUUCAGAUGGUUCCUCCCAUGACCUAUGUUCCUUCGGCUGUGGCGCCACCCAAAGCUCCGCCUCCUCCAUCAAUGUCGGCCAAUCCGGCGCAGAAAAGACGUUUCACAGAGGAAGUGCCCGAUGAGUAUGACAGUGGUCUCCUUGGCUAUCAGCAUGGACCCAUUCAUAUGACUAAUUUAGGUGCAGGCUACUCCGCUGGCAGCCCCGAGACUGCAGGACCCCCAACGUCGAUUUCCUCCGACCUGCCGAGUGAGAGGGACGGGCAGCUAAUGCCUCCACCACUGUUGGCCGUAAAUGGCGUGAGACCCAAGAUGGAGGAGAGGCGGCAACCACAAGGCCCUGUGGCAGAGCCUGCAGGGAAAAGGCUAAAAACAGGCUUGGUAGCGUACGCUGGCGACUCGUCUGACGAGGAGGAAGACCACCCGAGCGCCAAAGCCUCAGGUAACCCCGGGGGCUCCCCUACUACCUCCUUAGACUGGAUACAGGGGUACCGCUGCCCACCCCCGCCGCCCCCUCGGGCUAAAAAGCAGCCGCAGCAGCAGUCUAUGCCCUUCUGGAUGGCGCCCUGAAAGUUUCACACCAGUUCCGCAUGGAUGACUCAUAGCUUUGGUUUUAGUCCCAAGUAAGCGUACUUGUUUACUACACAUCUGUACAGUGUAAAGAUGAACAUUUUUAGGACAGACGCUGCAAUGUGGUGGAUGUUUAAAUUGUCACAUUAGCAAUGGCAAAUUGAUUUUUGAAGGGAAAAAAAAAAGUGGAUAUCGGAAUAUAUUGUCUUUGUGAAAACAAAAUAAACAUCGAUGAUCAGCUUGAAUUUAAUCAAUAUUGUCCUUUCUUAACCCUCAUUUCCUGGAGAAACCUUUUUUGUGUGUGUGACGAUUGUAUUGGACUAAUGUGUAGUAAAAUAUAAUUUCACUGUUGCUUUUUGGGAAAUAAAGCGGCAUAAAUUGCAUCGGUUGUUUUCUUUGUGUUCCUGUUCAAUAAAACCGUAUUUACUUUUGUUUUUUGUAUUGGAUGGAAAAAGACUGAUGUAAACCGAUCCUUUUGCACUGGUUCCAGGUCUAAUUUGUCGUAACAAACCAAGCCUCAAUCAAUCUAUAUAGGAUUGAAGUACUCGUUUAUUUUUGUAUUAAAGUUUCAUGUGUCUUGACCAAGCUUCUAACUUAAUUUACUCUAUAUCAAAUCAAUUUUAC